AUGGCCUCUUCACGUAUGCCAGGGUGCCGUGAAGGCUCUUCUGGACCUGAUGCUCGCACCUGCUCACGCAGCCUUCUUGCUGCGCAGUCUUGUUCUUUGGUUGACGGAGCAAAGAGCGCCCGAUCGCACGCAAGCCGGUACAAGUCUCCAACAGCACACCGUACUGUUUGCAUAGUACACAGCUGGGCAGCGCUGGCGUGGACCCGAAUGCCUGGCCGCACCUUCCUACAAAAGGUUCGGCUGGCGCAACUGCUGAAACUUACCAGCUGCGUACACUGCCCGCGGUUUGCUCAGGAUGCCCUGUGGAUAGAAAUGGUUGUGGAGCAUUUCAACAUUGCCUUGAACAUUUACGAUGCUUCAUUGGUCGCUCCUGUGCCCAACAACCCAGAGGCCACCCAAAACUUAUUCGUCAAAUCUGUUGACCGACCAAUGCUUUUAGACCUUGUCAAAGGCCUUCCCAAAGGCAUUGCUCGUCAGGUUUACCUCCGCAUGGCGAACGCCACGUCCAAACCUUUUCGCUUGCGGCCUCGAGCCCGCCUGAGCCUUGAAAUCCAUGAGCUAAGUGAUUGGAACAGGCUUCAGCAGCGGCUGAUUGCCUUGCGACAGGCAGAGUGUGUUGCUGGGGCCUUCGCCAGCAAUGCUUCGGCAGGGAGGCUGCGAGAAGCUGCUCGUGGUGUUGCCUUGGAACUUUUGGUGCUGGAGGCUUUGGUUGCUGGCGAAGGCAAGGUCGCACAGCCCAAGUUGCCACAAGACAUGGCCUGGGAUGCCGACACGGAGGCAUCUUAUGUUCAGAUCCUGGAGCGCCGCUCCAGCCAACGUCGGAUGUGGUUUCGAAAGCAGCGGGAAUUCCUCUUACAGGACCUGUACCCUGGUCAGUGA